ACGACACUCUCCUGCUUGAACCGUUCAUCUCAGUCUACCAUAAACUUGCUUUAGGCUUGUUGCUUCGCUCUGGAUAUCUGUUUCGCUGUACCAUACCGUGAAACUUCACGAAAACCGAACGAAUAUCAAGGCAGGAUACAUUGUCGUUAACUCGCGUGGCUAUAGGCCUGUGCGGCUUCCGCCAUGGAUCCUAUGACAUUUGCAUCUCUUGCUCAGAUCAGAAUAUUACUUCUGCCUGUAGGCUCCAUCAAGCGGCCUUCAUUCGAGAAAUGGGCCUCGGAAAUAAGGAGCUUUGAGAAUAUUCGUCUAGGAGAUAUCCCUGCCGAUCCACAGGAAGACAAAGCACGAUUCAUGCCUAACCCCUUGGCAUCCGGUCAUAUACACUUAACGUAUACCUCGCACCCUCCUUCAACAUCACAUUCAGCCCUCUCUGUCUUCCGUCCAUCCGACUUUCCUCUCGGUCUCAUAGGUGUCGCGACAUGUUCCAAAGAUGAUUCUCUUUCAGACGUGCUUGCUCAUUUCAAUGCCGCACGAAACGAGUUAUUCCCAGCAGGAUUUACUUAUCCUUUGGCCACAAAUUGUUUCGUCUUCGAGGAAAGCGAUGACAAUACCCAACUUAAUCUUGGAGAUACCCUACCUGGCUUGGUCGUAAUCCCCAGCAUGAUGGGAAACAAAAAGAUUUAUGUCGGUACACUAUUAGCUGAUCUCUGCUCAAAUAUUCUAGGAGAAUUUGCCACAAUGGUACAAUCUCUGGAAACUCCACUAGGAAAUGAAUACCUAAACGCCUCCAUGUUCCCCGCUAUCCCACAUGCUUCGGAGCUGCCAAAAUCAUUAGAUUCGGACUCUCCCAUGCGAAGCUCUCUACCGCCUUUGCCUUCAUUCAAUAGCCAACCUGACUUACAGACUCGCUCAAAGACUCCCACUCCUCUUGGCUUGAAGCGAAAUUCCUCACUGGGCCCCAAUGUACCUCCGGCACCGUAUCGACACUCCAGUCUUCCCGCUCCCGCGGUUAAGAAACGAACAAACCCCAUCGGUGCGGUGUCGUCUCACGGCAGGCUCUUCAAAUUUCUCGGAGAUCUUUUUCUUCUGGCUGGUCGAACUAUGGAUGCAUCAGUAUGGUAUACAGAAGCUGUCGCUAUAUUAAAGAGCCCUCAAGAUGCCGUAUGGUAUGCGUCCGCUUUAGAAGGACUGGCUACCAUUCCCAUUGUGGAUGCAUGGGCAUCGACUCAGAGUAUUAAUGGCCUCGCUGGAGACAAGGAACCGUGGGCUGACAUUUCUGACAAGCUGAAUCAAGCUAUCUCCAUGUAUUCCAGGGCCGCCUCUGGGAACGAUGGCGAGGUGAAUUUUCCGAUACUCUCUGGCCUCUACACGCGCGCAGUUCUUCGACAUUCCAUGCUUCUCUAUUGUGUCUGGUCCGCGAAAGGUUGGGGACCUCAUGCCUUCAAUCAGAUGCUCCAAAGUGGUCUUUCCUCCUCAGACAGUAAUUCGAACAAGAAUAUGUCUGAUGCAGCCCUGGAGCGACUUAGUUCAAUUACAGGCAUAUCGCGUUCUUCCAUAGCAGCGACUCUUUCACAAGCACAUGGUCCAUGGCUCUUACAUCUAGAGAUCCGCGAGCGUAUUUCAGCGCUUGAAGCAAUGGCGUCCUUAUUUGGAGCCCUAGGAUACCGUCGUAAGGAAGCAUACAUCCUUCGAGAAGUCCUCGGCUGUAUCAUGGAUCUCGUCGUUUGUGCUCGAGAAGAAACUGGCAGCGCCAGAGUCAUCGGCGCAGGUCUUGGUAUUCAAGGGGUGGCUAUGGUAAACGGUCUCAACAGGGGCACUGUUGGAGUUCGAGAGAAUGACAGUAGAAUAGGAAACGAAAGCGUUAUCAGGAUUGUCAAGUAUAUCUGUCGAGUGCACGGCAUCGACAUGGAGGCAGUAAAGAUUGUCGAUGGCAACGCCCAACUCAACGCCGGCGAACGUGAUGCUGAGACAGCUCUUGACGAGACAGAAAUCCUGGGAGUUUCACACGAGCCUUUUGGCUGGCCUGAACUCCAAGUUGGUAUAGUUCGGGAAGCGAUCGCUGUCGCAGAGGCAUUACCUGACUACCCGUCGGUGGCUCAAUUCUCGUUGUCAUCGCUAAGAUCACUGCAUCCUGUCAUGAGCCAGGGUGAUCAGAAUCAUCUGUACAGUACUGCGGCUCGAGCACUAUCAACAGCCAAACGACGAGGGGAUACACGAGCGGUGGAUUACUGGGCUGGACGGCCGAUCGCCAGUAUGGAGAUCUUGCCCCCACCCUUAGUUCGUCUUCCCAUUGAGAAACCAAUGUCGGUGCUCUCACAGCGGCGAUCUGACGUUGUGCCUAUCCUUACUGGAAUGACCGACCCCUUCUUGUAUAACCCACGAAAGUCAAUGUCAGGGCAGGGUCAGUCACUGCUGGUGCAAAAUGAACCGUUUGAACUGGUGGCGACACUGAGGAAUCCUUUUGUUUUUGACCUCGAGUUGUCGAGUCUCGCCCUUAGUACAUCAGGUGUACCCAUAGAGACCAAGGCAAUACCAAUGAUUGUCCCCGCCAACUCCUUCCAUCCUGUCACAAUCACAGCAAAACCACUCGAGGCUGGCGUGCUGACCAUCCGUGGUUGUAUCGUUCAAGCUCCAGGAGGCGUUCCAAAGGAGUUCGUGCUGCCUCUUUCAACAGAUGAGGAGGAAGAGAAGCGAGCCCGUCGAAGAAGUGCCAUUGAAUGUGAGGUAGGACGGUCAAAACGUGCGGGAUUGGCGUCGAGACCUUGGGAAAAGGCGGGAAAGCGGCUAAAUGGUGCAACAUCGCAAUCCACGCAAACUCUUCGUUUCCUGCAAGUCAAGGUAGUUCUCGAACAACCUUUACUCCGUAUCCGGCGGACGUCUCUAACCCACGGUGCUGUUAUGUUAUAUAACGGAGAAACCUCAACAAUCCGAGUGACGUUCGAAAACGUUUCAUCAUUACCCAUUGACUUCCUGCGGCUCACAUUUGACGAUUCCACCAUUGCGCCUGCACAGCAAGCACUCGCCGAAGGAGAGCUCUCUGUAUAUGAAACUUAUGAAACAGAAUAUGAUCUGAUUCAUAGGCCUGUCUUCACCUGGGAUAGCAAACGGAAUCCGCAGCAAGUUGAACCUGGUGAGAAAGUUGUUGUUGUCGUCAACUGCUAUGGCAAGGUCGGAUGUAUAAGCGGUGCGAUGCAUGUGUCAUAUUCCUACAUCCAUCGACGGCGGGCUACAUUGCAGGAACCACAGGAGGUGUUCCAUACUCGACAACUAUCGUACCCUGUGCUUGUCACUGUGUACCAUAUGCUGGAGUGUCAUUCGAUGGACAUCCUACCAUACUCGAUCGACACCGUUGCUCCUAUUCUAGAGUUGGAUCAACAUGAGCCACAAUCAGUUCGGACGCGGAAGACUUUGUUGAAUGUAGAAGAUGUUGCCGAUUGGUGUAUCUUCUCAAUCGAGGUCAGGAAUACAUACGGUGUCCCCUUCGAAGUGACAUUCGAACGGACGCAACCUGAUGCUGAGUCCACUGCGACAACUGCGCUAGUUCCUCCGGGCUCGACAACGCGCAUCGUCAUCCCUGUCAAGAAAUUCCGAUUACUUGAAGAACACAUAUCGCAACCUAUCCCCACCCUUUCUGAUCGCCAGUUCGUCGUGGCGAAAUCGAAUCUGACGACGGCAGAAGAGCGGUCCCAGAGAGAAUUAUUCUGGUAUCGAGAACAGCUCUUUAAGUUUGUCAGGGGUCGAUGGAAGGAGACGGGAGGUACCCGCUAUGGCGACUUGUCGCUUCGACAGCAACGUAUGACGCAAAUUAUGCUGGAAACCCUUCGUACAGAGACAGCACGCGUACACAUGUUUCUUGUUCAACGCGCCAGUGAAGACCCGGACUCAGAAGUGCAGCCGGUUCCUCAUCACAACGGGAAAUGGAAGCCUGAACCAAAUGCAUUCGUCUACCUACAGACUCUCGUCACUAAUCUCUCCCCUUCACCGCUCAGCCUGGUCCUCGAUUUGUCGCUGGAGCCCAUACAGCAUGUCGUGUUCGAGGGAGUACUUUUUGACAUACCUGUGGGUCUGCUACAACCUGGGGAGUCGAAGGAAGUCGAAAUGCCUGUUGCCUUCAUCACAGCAGGACGUUUCGAUGCCACAGCCGACGUCAGGGUUCUUGGGCAGUCGCAUGAUCGAAGUAAGGUCGGACAAGGCGCUUUGCGUAUCGCGAUCGACGUGGUCGACAUGUAGAUUGUUCACUUCUUCCAUAUCCUUAUUGGCUAUGUGCAGUAUGUAUUUGUCUGCCCUUGCUUUCACUACAAGCAAAUAUUGCAGGAAAGGAUUAUAUCCAAGAAUAACAAGCUGGGAAUUACAGAGUCCAAAAGGUAGAUACAUACACAAAGAUCAAUCGUAGUCCGACUCUUCCUGUCGGAAUGUCGCGGUAUACGCCAGAAUCGUACCAUACACCAACCUAGAUGCAUUUUUGUUAGU